AUGCUUGUGACGGUUUUAUUAUUGCUGAUAACAUGUGGAAUCGUUCAAAGCUCAGGAGUACACCAGCUAACCCCAGCAGUUGGCGCUCCAAUUGUGACAGCUGCCAGUUCGCAGUAUUUCGAAAGAACGUUUAAUCGGUUAGUCCCAGCGCCACCUCUACUUGAGCCAGUAUUGCCAUUUGCCCCUGCGCCCGUGGCACCAGUGUUUCCCGUUGCGCCAGCUCCACCUCGACCAAUAUUAUCAGUUCUGCCCAUUGCACCCGCUCCACCGGUAGUUGUAGAAGCAACCAGAACAACAUCAGUGCCAGUGAAUCCAACAAACCCACCUUUGAGUGCUGGAAACCCUAAUAUUGCCAUCGCAAUAGCAACUGCACAUGCCGCUGCGCCAGUUGCCACUAUACUUCUUCCGCCAUACCCAUUCGGAUUCCCACCAUCGUUCGGAUUACUACCGCAAGCCCCACAAACGCCGUCAGAUCCAAACAAUAGAGAAGCAACAACAUUAAAGACUACUACAACAGUUCAAGCGACAAAAACACAACGAGAAGAUGCUACAACGCCUGUACCGUCAAACAUAGAUAACAGUUUCGCGCAAGCACUUCCCUCAGAUGUCAACAUUAGGCAAUAUUUAGCCCCACAAUUGCCUGUGCAAGGAGCAAGACCACAACAACCUGUUCCAAGACCACAAGACCCUAAUCAGAUACCACAACAGUUUCCUGUACCUAAUCAGAGACCACAACAGUUUCCUAGACCAGAUCAGAGACCAGAAGAGUUUCCUGGACCCAAUCAGAGACCACCACAGUUUCCAAGACCAGAUCAGAGACCACAAGAGUUUCCUGGACCCAAUCAGAGACCACAACAAUUUCCAAGACCAGAUCAGAGACCACAAGAGUUUCCUGGACCCAAUCAGAGACCACAAAAGUUUCCAGGAUCUGACCAGAGACCACAACAAUUCCCUGGCGCUAACCCGAGACCACAACAGUUUCCUGGUUCUAAUCAGAGACCUCAACAGUUCCCUGGACCUGAUCAGAGACCACAACAGUUUCCUUUACCUAAACCUUGGCCACACCACAUGCCCGAGCAUUUGCCUUUACCUAAUGCAAGGCCCAUCAAACUAAAAACGAACGUGGAAGUAGUUCCUGUACCGCUAGCGUAUAUUGCUCCGCCUUCACUGCAUCAUAAUCAUCAGCACCACCAUAAUCAUCUUAUUCAUCAGUCAUUAAAACUAGUCCCUCACAUUCAUACAUUUAUACCAAAGACUUCAAAGAUUAUUAUUAGGCCUGUAACUGGUCGUCGAGUUAGAACCGUUCGGAAACCCGCAGGUUAUGCUAUAUACGGAUCACACAAAUUAGUUCGGCGAGUAGCUUCAAAGUACUCACAAAAUGACAGAUCUAGUUCACGUGACAUAGAACCAAUUACCCGCCGUCCAAUAGAUAGGCCUUUUACUAAACCGCCAAGGUUCUAA